AUGCUUUCCAAACUCAUCCUCCUCACCAUAACCCUGCAAGCCGGUCUCGCAGCAGCUUUCGGUAACGCAAUCGUUACCAACCGCUGCCCCUACGACGUCUGGGUCUGGAGCGUCGACCAAGCCCAAUUCUCGGCCCCCAUCUACGUCCCCGCGCGCUCAAAGUACUCCGAACCCGUGCGCAGCACCUGCAACGGCUGCGGCACGUCGAUCAAGAUCAGCAAGACAGACCAACUCCUCGGCGGAGCGCAAACUCAGUUCGAAUACAGCAUUUCAGCUGGCCAGAUGUGGUACGACAUCUCCUUUGUCGACUGCGCCAGUGGCCAGAGUGCAGACAGCUGCCCAGGACACGACAUGGGACUCUCAAUGGAUUCGUCCGACUCCAGGUGCGGCAAGGCUGAUUGCGCUGGUGGAAGCUACUGCCCCACGCAGUCGUACUAUGUCGACUACCCCACGCAGAAGUUGGGCAUGGCAGAUCCGGUCUUCACCUGCCCCGGCGCUGGUACGGGAAUGGAUCUCCACAUGACAGUCUGCAGCGAUGAGGCAUCGCUCAAGAGGAGCAUUGCAGGACGCCUUCUCGUCGACGAGUAA